AUGUCUCAAGCAUCAAUAUCGUCAAGCCCAACCUCUGAAAUAACUCCAGCAUACGACACCCUAAUACGAAGCGCCAUACCAGUGACAGCCCGCCUCAGCCAGCCCCCUCCAGCGUACGAAGACAUUCAAACCAUAUCUGGAAAAUACUGGUUCGUCCUAAACCACAAGCAGCGACAAGCACCACCAGCUCAACAGCCACGUUUCCGAGACUUCAUCAAGGAGAAGCUGCUCCGCAAGAAGGCCGAGCCUCCGACCGAGCAGCAAAGAGGACAUAUAGACCACAUCGAGAUCGCAGGCAUCUGCUUAAGUUAUGAGAGCGCGCUAGAAUGCUGGCGGACGCUCCUUAGACCGGAUUACCCUUACGACCGUGUCCAAACCUUGGCGCUUAUGGCACAGGACCAGCUUUUGGCCCCGGUCUUGGAUCACGACGGAGUCAAAGUGCAGGAUUGCGUUGGUGUGAGGUUCCUCAGGGUUGAUGGUAUUUAG